GAUCAAGUUCCCCACCCCAGUAUUUAAUGCAGUGGGGCAAUAUUGCGAGGUAUAGUCGCAGAUAUUACUGUCUUCGUCUGCUGCUGCUAUGGCGUAUUGUGUUCGGGUUCUUCAUAGCCAGGGAACUCCAUGGCUGGUUGCUGCACAAGAAAUUCAACGGCGAUGCUUUCAUGUAUCGCCGCUUGCUGCUGCGGCUCGGAAAGUCGCCAUGAGCAGGUUCGACAAAGACAGCUACUUACCCUACGAAAAACUUGAGAAGAACCUUAGUAUUGUUAAAAAGAGACUGGGUCGCCCUCUGACAUUGUCAGAAAAGGUUCUUUAUUCUCAUUUGGAUGAACCGGACAAGCAGGAUAUUGUGCGUGGCACAAGUUACCUCAGGCUGAGACCAGACCGUGUCGCAAUGCAAGAUGCUACUGCACAGAUGGCAAUGCUGCAGUUCAUCUCAUCAGGUCUGCCAAAGGUUGCUGUUCCAUCAACAAUACACUGUGACCAUCUUAUAGAAGCUCAGGUUGGUGGUGUAAAAGACCUUGCAAGAGCCAAGGAUAUCAACCAAGAAGUAUAUGACUUCCUGAGUUCAGCUGGUGCCAAGUAUGGAGUUGGUUUCUGGAAACCUGGUUCUGGGAUUAUUCAUCAGAUUAUUCUUGAGAAUUAUGCAUUCCCAGGACUGCUAAUGAUUGGUACUGAUUCUCACACACCAAAUGGUGGAGGACUUGGUUGUCUGUGUAUUGGAGUUGGUGGAGCUGAUGCUGUUGAUGUUAUGGCAAAUAUUCCAUGGGAACUCAAAUGUCCAAAGGUGAUUGGAGUAAAUCUCACAGGCAAGUUGAAGGGAUGGACAUCGCCCAAAGAUAUCAUUCUGAAAGUUGCUGGAAUACUUACUGUGAAAGGCGGCACUGGUGCUAUUGUGGAGUACCAUGGUCCUGGAGUGGACUCAAUUUCGUGCACUGGUAUGGCCACUAUUUGUAACAUGGGUGCUGAGAUUGGUGCAACCACUUCAAUUUUCCCAUAUAAUCGGCGUAUGAGAGACUAUUUGGUAGCCACAAAUAGAAAGGAUAUCGCUGAGGAGGCAGACAAAUAUGUUAAGUCACUUUUCUCUGCAGAUCCAGGAGCACCUUAUGAUCAGACAAUAGAGCUGAACUUGGACACACUAGAACCACACAUCAAUGGACCCUUCACCCCAGAUUUAUGUCAUCCUAUUUCAAAAGUUGGUCAAACAGCUAAGGAGAAAGGAUGGCCUUUGGACAUUAGAGUGGGUCUCAUUGGGAGUUGCACAAAUUCUAGCUAUGAGGACAUGGGCCGAUGUGCAAGUAUUGUCAAGCAAGCCCUAAAACAUGGACUCAAAUCGAAGAUUCCAUUCAAUGUAACACCUGGAUCUGAACAAGUGCGAGCAACAAUUGAGAGGGAUGGAAUUGCAGAAACACUAAGGCAGUUUGGAGGCACAGUCUUGGCCAAUGCCUGCGGACCUUGUAUAGGACAGUGGGAUCGCAAAGAUGUCAAAAAGGGAGAGAAGAAUACAAUUGUUUCUUCAUACAAUCGUAACUUCACUGGACGAAAUGAUGCAAAUCCUGCAACACAUGCCUUUGUGACAUCACCUGAACUCGUUACUGCUCUGUCCAUUGCAGGCACCCUUGACUUUGACCCUACGAAGGAUACCUUGAAGGGAUCAGAUGGCAAGGAAUUUAAGCUGGAUGAUCCCUUUGCUGAUGAACUACCAACGAAAGGCUUUGACCCAGGUGAGGACACAUACCAAGCUCCACCAGCAGACGGUAACAAAUUGAAGGUUAAUGUUGAUCCUAAGAGCCAGCGUCUGCAACUCCUAGAACCAUUUGAUGUUUGGGAUGGAAAGGACCUCACUGACAUGACAAUACUCAUUAAGGUAAAGGGCAAGUGCACAACUGAUCACAUCUCUGCAGCAGGCCCAUGGCUGAAAUAUCGUGGCCAUCUCGAUAACAUUUCGAAUAACAUGUUCAUAGGAGCUGUGAAUGCUGAUAAUGGUGAAAUGAACAAAGUGAAAAAUCAACUUACUGGUGAAUGGGGACCAGUCCCAGAUGUUGCAAGAGCCUACAAAGCGAAGGGUGUAAGAUGGGUAGCUGUUGGAGAUGAGAAUUACGGGGAAGGAAGCAGCAGGGAACACGCUGCCCUGGAACCCCGUCAUCUGGGUGGUCGAGCCAUCAUUGUCAAGUCAUUUGCUCGUAUCCAUGAGACCAAUCUGAAGAAGCAGGGUCUAUUGCCACUCACAUUUGCUAAUCCUGGAGACUAUGACAAGAUACAACCUACAGAUAAGAUCUCACUUCUUGGCCUUAAAAAUCUUGCACCAGGAAAGCCUGUAACAGCAGAAGUGAAACAUGCAGAUGGAAAGAAAGAGCAGAUACAGUUGAAUCACACAAUGAACGAACAGCAGAUACAAUGGUUCAAGGCAGGCAGUGCCCUUAAUCACAUGAAGAGAGUAGCAGCAGGAAAGUAAAGGAAAUAUACUGUUAUUGGUGCAGCAAGUAGACAGUUGCAGGACAGUAACUAGUGCAUAUUGCAAGUGUUGUGUAUAUAGUGAACCAUUUGUUUUAUAUUUGUAAUAUGAACAUUUGUGAUACAGCUUAUGUGCAGUAAUUUGUACACAAUAAAUUAUUGUAAGGUAAUUAUCUUUCCCAUUUUAUUAUAAAUGGGUUAUAAUGAUGCAGUGCCUCCCUUUUUAUAAGAAAUUUUUGAUGAUGACUGAACGAAACAAAACCAGGAACAACUUCAACUGAUCUGUUAUACUGGUCAGUGCGAUGGUGGUGAUGGCGAUAAUAUAAUGGCAAUGAUGACAAUGACAUAGUUACUUAAAUGUUGUUGUAAAGUGCUAGAUGUAAAAAUUGAUACUGGUGAUAGUAUACUAUUUAUUCAGUUGACACUGAUUUUUCUGAACCAAUGCAGCCCUUAAAAUUGUAUCAGUUGGAGUAGGGCUAUCAGUUUUAUAUACAUUUUCCAAUGCUUGGAAGGAGCCUGAAGCAUGCAAAUUUUAGUGUCAAGCGUAACUGUGGCAUUAUUGUGGUACACUUCAAGAAGCAAUAAUUACUGGGUAAGUCUCCAGCAUUAGUGGGUGCGUUCAUUUCUAUUUUUGCAGCUAGACACUUUGUCACAUCAACAAAUGUGAUACCUCCAUUCCUAUGUAACUAUUUAUAAUGUAUACAUUGAGAGCUUCCUAAAAGUUCCAUUCUUCUAUAGCUUGAGUUUCAACAAGACUUAAAUAUCGUAUAUUUUGUAGUGUCUGUUGUUGAGAUGAAAAAUAAAUUAUUGUAUCUAAUUGAGAA